GCAUAAUUACCCCACAUUCCGCCGUCUCUGAUAAUAUAGCGGUGACAUUUUCGCUCAUAGGCAUUUCUGUCUGUCAAAAUUUGUUUGGGUGGUAGAGUGGAAAGUUGAAAACAGUACAGUAAACUUGGAAUACAUUUCAUUGUUUCGUUUCUGUCCAUAUUUACCCAUUCGAAAUGGUGACGACGAACGAUUUCGAUAACGUUGCCAACGUAAUAUUCCUCAUAGAGGGUACGGCAGUGAACGGUGCUUACCUGAAUGAAAUCAAGCAACAUUACAUCGGACCAACUUUGGAAUACUUCCAAGGAGGCAUAACCGAUGAACGCGAACGCGAUAAUUAUGUGUCGGAAGCAAAUAGUUUAAUGUACGGCGUUGUCGUCUAUAAAACGGCUUGUAUGCCUGAUGUUUGUGUGACAUACGGACCGUUCCAAACUGCACAGAAGACAAUGAGCGUGAUUGAGAAGUUGGAACUGACGGGAGGUAAAAGCGAGUCCAAUGCCAAUUUAGCUGAAGGUAUGGCCACAACUUUGGUGUGCUUUGAUGACAUGAACGAGAUGCGAGACGAUCGAUUCAUGCAGGUACAGAAGCAUUGCAUUUUGAUUUGCAAUAGUGCACCGUAUUCAAUGCCGGUACAAGAAUGCCAGCAGUAUGAGAACAAAACUGUUGAACAGAUGGCGACUAUUUUUCAUGAGCAAAACGUCAACCUGUCGAUUAUAUCGCCGCGGAAGAUCGGAAUUUUAUUCAAAUUAUUUGAAAAAGCUGACGGAGAUCUUUCCACAUUACCGAACAAAAAUUACUCGAAAGAUCCAAGACAUUUGGUCUUAUUGAAAGGAUACAGCCUCAAAGAACGACCAAUUAGCCCACUAACCACCGUCAAUCCAUCAAUGCAGCCCAGUCCACUAUCAACCGUAUCGAAUCCAGCUCAGCAAAAUAUGCCAAUGGAUCAACAACAACACCUCAUGUCGGGCCAACAGCCAAGUAAUAUGAUUCGUGGCAACAAUGGCGCGGAUUAUCACAAGCAAAAUCAACCAAUGAAUCAACCAUACGUUGGACCGAAUCAAAAUCCACAAAUGGUUUACGGUAAUCAGAUGCAAGUGAACCGGUUCGGUAUGCAACAACCGAAUCGAUCGAUGAUGUUUCCACAAAAUCAACAACCCAGCCCGAAUUCCAAUUCUGCACUAAUUUCACAAUUGUCUACGCCACCGUCGAUACCGGGACCUGGCAUACAAAAUCAAAUGGCUAAUGUGCAACGAUUCCAAAUGCACCAACAGCAAAUGCAAAUGAAUAAUGCGCCCAACGUUCUUCAACAACAACAGCAGCAGCAACAGCAACAGCAAAUGCAACAACAACAACAGCAGCAACAAAUGCAACAACAACAACAGCAGCAGCAACAACAACAGGCACCUUUGGUUCAGCAAAAACCACCAAAUGCCCCUACCGGAUCAACAGCACGAGAGAAAAUCUGGUCCGGUGUAUUGGAAUGGAUUGAGAAAGCGAAAGCUGCUGAUCAACCGAAGGUCACAAGACAAGUUCCUUGCAAUGUGACUGCUAACAUAAAGGAUGGCGAACUGGAAAUAAAAGCCGACAACUGGCCGUCCAGGCUGAUUAUGCAGCUGAUGCCGAAGCAAUUGGUUGGAAAUAUUGGCGGACAAUUCUUGAAGGAUUCAAAAACAGUGGUUUUUCAUCCGAAUGCUUGCGAAGCUUUGGAGGCAUUAUCUAAAGUCAUGAGCUCUGGUUUCGCUGGUUGCGUUCAUUUUACAAUGUCGCCAGCGAACAACGUAGCUUGUGACAUUAAGGUUCUGAUUCUGUUAUACACACCGGAAAAGAAAGCUUUUCUCGGCUUUGUUCCGAACAAUCAGGUUGGAUUUGUGGACCGCUUGCGUAAAGUAAUACAACAGAAGCAGGGAAUUCGUCAGAAUCCACAGGGCCAAUUAACCGGACAGCCGACUCAACCGAUACCACCAGGAGCACCUGGUUCUUCGAACAAUCAAAUUAAACUAGAGCCAGGUACACAAUCGGAUCCAUUUAAAAGUUUCGAUGGAUACGGCCAAAUGCCCGUACAACAAAUGCAAGAUAACAUGUCGAACAAUAUGCAAAUGGCAGCUCAGCAACAAGACUUCAAAAUGGCUGAGAAUCACAAUCAACGGUAUGCGGCAAACGCUAUGAUGCAACAGCAACAACAACAGCAGCAGGCGCAACAACAGCAACAACAACAGCGAGCCAAUUUAAAUAAUCCACAACAAGCCAAUCAGUUACUCAAUGCACAACGCAUGAUGCGUCCGGUACUGCCGAGCAACAAUCCCGGCUUGCGACACUUACUUCAACAGCAGCCACCACAAUCGCCAAAUUCUCAGUACCGUCCCGUGAUGGGUAUGCAGAAUCAACAAGGAAUGGGUCCGCAUAUGGGCGUUCGACCACAAAAUCCGAAUGCCCCGUACGAUGAAUCAUCAUUCGACUUUAUGUGAGGCAUUCCAUUUUGUAACGGAGCAUAGGGUCGAUGAAUAACGAUGAGUGACCACUGGAUUUAAUCAUAGGAUUUUAAUGGGAUUAAUAUAAGAAUUUACAAUCAAAA